AUGUCCCGUCUGACUCCGAUCUUCUUCAUCUUGCUGGCAUUGAAGAACACAGAAGGAGCCGUCACCCCGGUAGUCACCCUGACUCCCAACUGGAACAAUGUAUACUCCGGAGAUCGGGUGACUCUGUCAUGCAGUGUGGGAUCGGUAGAAGAAGAUAAACCUCGAUACUAUUACUACACCUGGCAUAAAGAUGACAAGUUAAUGUAUGAAAUGAGGAAAACACUUAUUAUUACUGCCAAAGUAGCAGACACCGGAGUAUAUAAGUGCUCAGUGGAAUCUGGCAUUUAUAGUAAUCCCGUCCGACUUCAUGUUAUCUCCGGUGACUAUCUCAUCCUACAAGCACCAUCCGAUAUUAUAGAAGGGGACUCCUUGAGUCUGAGGUGCCACAACCGGCCGGGUUCUACAGCCACAGGAGUAACACAUUUUUACAAAGAUAAUGAAUUAUCAGGAUCCACGGAUGAUAUUUUACACAUUCCAAAUGUAAACACAAGUAUGAGUGGGACUUAUAAAUGUGAAAAAUAUUUUGACUUUGUUAUUAAAGAUCAAUGGAAAUCAGCUGAAAAAUACAUUAAUGUACAAGAACUGUUCCCUACUCCGGAAAUACAAUCUUCUCCUUACUCCAUACAAGAAGGAGAUGAGAUGACGGUGAGAUGUCACACCACGCUCAACCCUCUCAGAGGCGGCACAGAGCUGCACUUUGCCUUCUACAGAGAUGGACGGACUGUGCGGGAAUUCGGAAUAUCCAAUACAUACAGAGUGCGGUCAUCUCAGCUGGAGGAUUCUGGGAAUUAUACCUGUGAAGUGAGGACGACGUCUGACACUGUGAGGAAGAUGAGUGAUGAGAUCCAUAUCCAGAUAUAUGAGCUCUUCUCUCCUCCACAAAUAAAAGUGACCCCGUCCAGGGUAAUAGAAGGAGAUGAGAUGACGGUGAGAUGUGACACCAGACUGGAUCCUCUCAGAGGCGGCACAGAGCUGCACUUUGCCUUCUACAGAGAUGGACGGACUGUGCGGGAAUUCAGUAUAUCCAAUAAAUACAGAGAUGGAUGGACUGUGCAGGGAUAUUAUGUAUCUGAUACAUACAAAGUGACGUCAGCUAAGCUGGAGGAUUCUGGGAAGUAUACCUGUGAAGUGAGGACGGCGUCUGACACUGUAAGGAAGGACAGCAACGCAUUUCCUGUUCAGAUCAAAGAGCUGUUCACAUCACCAGAAAUCAGAGUUGGUCCAUCGCUACUUGUGGAAGAGGGAAAGCAGGUGACAUUGACGUGUGUGACCGAUCCUAAAGGAAGCACCAACCUCUUAUAUACAUUUUAUAAAGACUCUCAAAUUGUCCAAAGUGCUCAUAGGAAGACCAGUUAUGUGAUUGGUAAAGCCGGAGAAGAGAACUCAGGAAGCUAUAAGUGUUCUGUACAAUCCCGGGAUGGAAAAGUUAUAAAAAACAGCACCGAUGUCCACAUCCUCAUACAAAGUCCAAUUUCAGAUGUCCGUGUCACUGUGGAUAAAGGUGAUUUUGUAUAUGGAAAAUCUUUAACAUUGUAUUGCUCUGUAGAGAAAGGAACAUCCCCCGUAUUUCUUUGGUGGCACAAUGAGACGGUGGUAGACCAGGACGCUGAGUUCUACCAACUACGAGAAAAUGGGGCAGUUCUAUACAUUCAAUCCCUCCAAAGUCACCAUGUAGGAUCUUAUAGGUGUCAAGUCAGCAACAAGUUAUCAGCCAUUAAGCCCUCCUUUGCUGUGGAGACAUUUCAGAUCAGCCAAAACCCUCCACUUGGUGAGUCCACAUUCCCAAAAGUCUUCUUUGAGUAG